AUGUCGAGGCUGCACUUAUGGGUAAUGAUUGGGCGGUUGCCCUCAGUCAUGGUGAAGGAUCUGGAGUGCGGGAGCAGCGGGUUGCUGCCUACUCUCCUCACUCUAUACUCCUUGAGGUGUCUGACGACGGACGACGGCAGCUUGAUCGGCGAGUUUGAAGUUCAACAUUUCUCCAAUCUCACCAAAAUGUGCCACGACCACGGUUUGAUGCAUCAGGAUCUCAAACCCGAGAAAAUUUUGUUUGAAAACAAGAAGGAAACAGCACCUUUAAAGGCAAUUGAUGUUGGGUUGUCCGUAUUCUUUAAACCUGGUGAAGUAUCUAGUGAAAUUGUUGGAAGUUCCUAUUACAUGGCUCCUGAGGUGUUUAAACGCAACUAUGGUCCUGAAGUUGAUGUGUGGUGUGCUGGAGUUAUACUCUAUAUCUUACCUUAUGGUGUACAGUAG